GAAUUUUUGGAAAGAGAAGUAUGCAAUGUGAAUAGAAGCUAAGCAUUUAGUGAGGACCACAGCAACAAGUGAGGUAAGUCUCCUGGUUUUCUUAUGAGGUCCUUUUAGCUUAUAUGAUUAAAUUAUUUGAGCUGGCCUUGCAUUUAAGUUUGUUUGAGAUCACUUUUUAAAGGCGGACAAGUUCAACUUUACCACAUUUGGAAAUUUGACCAUUCUCUUUAUGGCCUGUGCAGACUUUGACUGUUGAUUUGGUGAAGAAAGAGUUCUCCAAGGCUUCACUCAAUUAUGAAAAUAAAAAUAUAAAACCUAAUAGGUCUAGAAACACCACACAGCCUUGGCCAACUCAGAUGUGCUAGGCAAAAAUUAAUUAAGUUCUUCUUAACUUGAAGGAAUCAAACGGUUUCUGUUGCUUCAGAUUUUCUGUUUGCAAGCACCAUAAUGAUCAUUGACAUCCUGCAUGAUGGAAAUGCAUGUGGAUCAAAAUAGCCUAAAGCAUAAUGUGGCAUGGUCUAUGUUGCACAUGGAUGGUGCUUGUGCUAUGCAAUGAUGCGGCAUAAGGCAUAAAUAUUCCUUCCAACUCUUAUAACUAUUUGGCCCCUCCAACUUGAAAGUGGACUUGUCAUGUAUUUGAACUUUCAAUUUUGCUACAAUUACACACAUCAUCUCUCAAAUGAUUGCGCAUAAGAUAUACGUGCACUAUUAGUGGGUCGCUAGCAAGAGAAAGGGGAGGAAAUAGAGGUCGUUGACGGGAGGACGAUGAUUGACCGACAGAGCUUCCUUGUGUCAACGACCAACAGAGGUUUCUCCUCACUCGGUGGGUCAGUCGACCAAGGCGAGAACAACGAUGGGUGAGUCGAUUGGCCAAGGCGAGAGAGGCGAUGGGUCAAUCGAUGCAAGGUUAGUUGGUCGGUGGCAUAAGAAAGGAGGAAAUAGAGGUCAGUCGUCGGCGCACGGAAAAUGAACCUCUAUUGGUUGUCGUCGUGAGGAAGCUUCGUCAGUCAGUCGGUCGGUCAUCAUUCUCCCAUCUCUGACCUCUGUUUCCUUCCCCCUUCCUCGCCAACGACCCACUGAUAGUGUGCGUGUAUCUCACGUGCACUCAUUUGAGAGAUAAGAUGUGAUUGUAGUAAAAUUAAAAAUUUAAGAACAUGAUAGGUCCAUUUUUAAGUUGGGGGGCCAAAUAGCUAUAAGAAAAGAGUUGGAGAACAUAUUUAUAUCUUAUGCUGCAAUGAUGCUGUUCAGAGAAGCAUCUUGAUGUGUGAUGGCAUGGCCCAUGACCAAAAUAUGACCAUACAUGCUUAAGCUUUAGCAUGGCAUCCAAAUGAGUGUGCAUGUGGUGAGAAAAGGAUUGUGGGGACACGGCCCGCAAAGCCUCCAAGUUCCAAACAAAACCUCCCUUUGAAGCAAACCACUAAAGAGAAAGUAACAAAGUUGAUUUGUACCAACUGCCAAUAGAAACAAUAAAAGGAGGAUUGGCUUAGUUCCAAUCCACAUGGCCUCAGACAAGAAAAUAAAAGCUGGGAAAUCUGGAAAAGGAGGAAUGGCUGAGAACCAAAGGUGAAGCACCCGUGAUUAAUUAGAUGACUGGCAAUUGAUUGAUGGCUGCUGUACUUGUUUGAUGGAGUUGAAUAACCUGCAAGUUCUGAUUGAGAGAGCAUGGGCUUUGCAGGAUGACAUUGGAGACAGCAUACAAAAUAGCGGUACCAGCUGCUGUUGGAGACACUGCUCAGAACAUGAUCACCAAUGGGCUGUUACAGACGCCCCAUUGGAUGAGAGGAAGAGAUUGAUCGUCAUUAGAGAUUCACUGAAGAAUGUUGAGAAUAUGCUUGAGUUUUUACAGAGAUUGAAUUCAUGGCAGCAGAAAGAUCAGCAAGCAGCACUUGUGAAGCUGGAAGAAAGCAGAUUGAUCCUAAUGGACAAGGUGGCACAAUACCAAGGCAGACCAACUGAGGUGCUUAAAGAGUUGAAAGCAUACUUAGGGGAUGCACAAACAGCAUGUAAUUGGAACUUGAAAAGGAUGAUACAGAGAAUGACUGAACCCACAGUCCAGAAGGGAAGCUCUAGAUCUAAUAAUCCUUUUGUGCAGGUCAUUAGGAGAUUGCUUAACCCAUGGACUUGGCACAAGACUGCUAUAUUGGCCGUAAAAUUGAUUCUGGUCCCAGCAAGCAUUACAUACACAUUUAGGUCUUACAGAAAUAUGCUAAAAUACGACAGUUCUCCACCAAAAGUUGUUUCAUUUGUGGAUUCAACGGUCGCAGGUGAUACCAGAAAGUCCUUUGAUGUUUUCCGGGGAAGGGGAUAAUCUCCUGAUCGCUGGUGUUAGUUUGCUCCCCCAGGUGCAGGUGUUUUAUCUCAUAUAUUUAAAUUGAUCGAUAUAACAUGCAAAGAUCAGAAUGGCGAUUAGUUGGAGAUUGCAUCGUUUUUAUGUUAAAAUAUGAUGGUAAGCAUAGCAAUACAUCAAAUUAUGCAUGUUGUCUCUUUAUGUGAUUUGGUCAAUAUUUGCUUUAGAAAAGCAACUGGUGUUGCUACCUGUUUCUUCCGUAAAGUAAUCGUCUUGGGGGGCGUAAAAAUAGAAAGCUGACGCUGCUUGACAUUGUUGGAACAGAUCUCUCCACUCAAAAUCCUUUCUAAGGAGGACCAGAAAUAAAUGUGACUUAUCUUAUUCUCUGGAACUCAUUG